AUGAGUCAUUCUGGAGGUGAAAGUGAUCAUAACAGAAAAUUAGUUGAAGUUACCAAGGACAAAAAUGGAAUAGACCGUGUUGUUCUUCGAAACCCUCGAGGAGCUUCAGCAACGGUUAGCUUGCAUGGAGGGCAAGUUCUUUCAUGGAAAACUGAUCGCGGCGAAGAGUUAUUGUUCUCUAGUACAAAGGCAAUCUUUAGUCCUCCCAAACCAGUCCGUGCAGGAAUUCCAAUCUGUUUUCCACAGUUUGGAAACAGUGGAACACUAGAGCAACAUGGAUUUGCUAGGAAAAAGAUAUGGGUUAUUGAUCAAAAUCCUCCGCCGCUUUCUGCAGAUUCCAAUGAAAAAGUUUGCAUUGACUUGUUGCUCAAAUCAUCCGAAGACGAUACGAAGACAUGGCCACAUAGCUUCGAGUUUCGCCUAAAGGUCUGUUUGACAGUAGACGGCCAUCUGUUGCUGAUAUCUCGCAUCAGAAAUAUCAAUGGCAAGCCUUUCAGUUUCUCCUUUGCAUUUCAUACAUACUUGUCCAUCUCUGAUAUCAGUGAAGUGAGAUUAGAAGGGUUGGAAACUCUUGACUACCUCGAUAACUUACACCAGAAGGAACGAUUUACAGAUCAAGGAACUGCUUUGACCUUUGAAUCUGAGGUGGAUCGAGUUUAUCUUGAUUCCUGCAAUAUGGUAGCGGUUCUAGAUCAUGAAAAGAAACGAACAUUCGUGAUACGAAAGGAAGGUCUUCCAGAUGUUGUUGUUUGGAAUCCUUGGGAGAAAAAGUCCAAGGCAAUAGUCGAUUUCGGGGAUGAAGAGUACAAACACAUGCUCUGCGUGGAUGGCGCAGCAGUUGAAAAUCCAAUAACCUUAAAACCAGGAGAAGAAUGGACCGGCCGCUUGGAGCUAUCGGUUGUCCCUUCUACAUGA